ACAGUGUAAAAUAAAAGUUGAUGUUUUACGAGAAGCUAUUUUGACACGCGGGGUAAAAUGGGCAUAGCCCUGGGGCAAAAUGGGCAUAUGUAAACAAACUGUGAAACGUCAGAACACUGGGGUAAAAUGGGCCACAACAACUGCGCUUAGGUAAUGGUCUAUGCUUUUGCGCACCGUUUCGUGAAUUGUAUUUUCGUUCUAUCUUUUGUUUUGCUGGUCAGGAAAGCCCUUAAAAUUCUUCCAAAAAUAUGUUAUCAAAAUUAAAACAGUUUUUACACGUUUAAAUCUACAAAAUCGAUUCUUUUGAAGCUGUGUCUGUUAUCAUUAUUGAGGCGACAAAUAUAACACCAUAGCCUCACCAAACGCCAUUUGUCAAAAGUAUCUGCCCAUUUUGCCCCAAGCGUAACUGCCCAUUUUGCCCCACGUGAAGCAUUUUUGUAUUUUAUGUUAUAUUAGUAAAAAUACGCAUUCGAUCGCCUUGCUUUCUUCAGACAAAUUGUAUAGAAAUAUCACAUCUUUAAUAAUAUAUAAUGUAAAACUUCAACGCAUCCCUGUGACACUGGGUUAAGCUUAUUUUCGAAGUGACAAAAAUUACAUCAAUAUGCUACUAAACCUUAUUUUGCACUUUUCUUGGUUAUUUUUUGUGUUAGCGUUAUGAAACUUACAUGGUGUUCAUAAAACACUCUAAUGAAUACAUUUUGAGCAUUGGAAAGUAGCUUUGUAGUCAAAUAAUGCUUAAAUAGAGGGUGCCCAUUUUGCCCCACAUGCCCAUUUUGCCCCGCUUUCCCCUACUUAAAAAACGUCGCUAGCGAGGGAAAAUCGCACCGAUUUGGAGGCGAUUGCGACGGUUUUUGGCCUGCGGGACCCUUCAAACGCGACGUUCCACAUUCCGCUCCGUUCCGCGUUUGUUGAUGUUCGUUUCAGGAUUGGCGGUCGUUCACGAUUACACACUCGCGCAAAGUGAUUUUUCUUGUUUCGAUAAUUUGCUUCGAUGAACAGUCAACAAGAAGUUCUGGCUAGGCCGAAGUUUGCACCAUCACAACCCAGCGACGCGUCGGUGAGGACGGGGCGAUGAGAUUGUGUGUUCUUAAAAUAACCCGAAACACGCUGCGUGAAAACAAGUCCGGUAAAGAAGAAACCAUCAACAGUGUGCAGAACAACGUGCUAACGGCACGUUCUUCAGGGCGAAUCUUUCCUCCAACUUGAGCGCAGAUUUAAGCAAACACGCAGUAUGGUCGACUCGCCGCAUCACGUCCACUUUGACCAAGCGGUGAUAAACGACGGGCUGCACGAUAACAGCAUUAUCUAUCAAGUCGCCCCCGACGGAACGUCCCUGACCGUCCACCUGGGAUUUCUGCAGAUAAAUCACCGCUACCGCAUCGAGCUGAAUGUGCCGGCGCAAGCAAUAAAGGAUGCAGGCUUUACUGCCGACGGCAUCAGCGCCUUCGUUGCGCAGGAUGUCGCAGUGCCGAACGUGCACUGCCGGCUGCUGGAUUUCCCCUCCCGCACGGUUGAGGUAAAGGGCGUGGAGCACUUUGCCGUGACGAUCGAGUUUUUCGCCCACAAGGAGAAGCUGCUGAAGGAAUGUUUGCAUUUGUGCGGCAAGGAAGAGGCCGGCCGGCGGCUGGAAUUGAUUCUGGUGGCGCGUGUGCUCGGAAAGGGCAAGGGGACGCCGAUGCUGCGGAACGGAAUUCAUUGCAUCGGCGUGGAAAAGAACGACGACGAAUCGGAAAUGUCCGAUUGGCAGGGUUUUGCUAAAGAAAAGUAAACAGCAGACCCAUUUGCUAUGUCUGCAUUGUGUAUUUUUACCGCCUAUUGAUAGCGUAAUAAAUUUCCCAAAACUCUUGUGAAAAAAAUCGACCACCUUCAA